AUGAGACGUGACACCAUUGCUCGACGAUACCGUUUGUCGCGAUGUGACCUUUGCGCUAUGGAAGCUCAAAAUGCAGCCCAAGCAAACAUUGUCCAGCUUUCCAAGCCGCGCCAACGUAGAAAUGGAAAACUGAAGGCACAACAGACCGAAAGCGCUCAAAAAGCAGAUCAGUACUGCUCUCCGCCAAAUUCGCAAACUUCUGCUUCACAACAAUACUUUCUUUCUUCUACAGGAUUUCAACAGCCUUUGCCAGCGUUUCUAACCACGAGUGUCGGUUAUGUUCCGCAGAAUACUGUUAUGAUGGGUUAUACGACGGAAAGAACAAUGUUUAAUGCAAUGAAUGCGGAACAACUUCGAUCUGCACAAAAUGACGCUCAGUUUUUCUUCAAUAGAAAUGCUAGUAAUAUUACAUCGUCUUCUCUUAACAGUCCCUUGCAUGCUGUCGACCAAAAGCAGUCGGAAAUAAUAAACGAAGACAAUCCACGAGAUUGUGCUGUGGAGGAGCAUUACGCCCAGUUCGACCACCAAUCUGAGCCUCUUUUUGCCGUGGUUAAAAGAGAACUGAUGGAUGAGGACGAACCAUCAGGUGAUCCUACACAGGAGCAAUACGAGCAGUUUAAACAAGAGCAAGAGCAUCAGUACUGCACAGUAAAAAGAAAGUUAAAUGAAACUAAGGAGCAUAGUCAAUUGAAAACUGUUGAAAAGGACGAAAUAAGCAGCAAUCACAAUGGUACUACUUCAUCAUCGCCUGACGUGAACGGUAAUACAACCAGCGCUAAUAUGGCGGAGUGUGUCGACAGUUCGUUCAAGUUCAUCAAGAAAGAAAGCCAUGAACAAAACGACAACGAGCUCGUGUUUAGAUCGCUUUGA